UUUCCAACCCUGAGGAAACCCAGUUUCUCUCUGCGCCAGGAAAAAAAAAGGAACAAUCACGAUGAAGCUGUUUGUGUUGAUGAUGUGCCUGCUGGUCUCUACCAUAGCUGCUCCUGUGUCAGACAGUGAAAGCAGCGAGGAAGAAGAGGAUGCUGAACCAGCCCAGCCAGCCGAUGUCGCCCCUCCUGCUCCUGCGGCUGUUGGAAACGCAUCAGAGGAUGGCAACCCUGACCACAAUGCUACAGCACUUGCCCCCAAUGCUACAGCACCUGAUGCUCCUGCUGUCGCCCUAAACUCUGAUGAGGAAGAGGAGGCUGAGGAGGUGGAGGCAGCGGAGGCUGAACCAGCUGUGGUUGAAGAAGUGCCAGCGGUGCCCGAAGCAGACCCUGCAGCUGCUGCUGUUGAGCCAGCCAUGGUUGAUGUUCCUGUAGACGCUGCAGCAGUUGAUGCUGCUGCUGUGGAUGUGCCUCCUGUAGAUGUGGUUCUUGUCGAUGUGGUUCUUGUUGACCCUGCAGCCCCUGAGGUGGCUGUCGAUGCAGCUGUUGUCUGAUGCUGAUGUCCCACUGGCAGCUGAGAUUGACACAACUGGAGUGGCAACAGAUCCUGCUGCAGUGUAGUUAUCUUCCUUCUAUUACCAGCCUAAGUGCACCUCAGUUAGCAGUUACAGCAAUAGCUGGAAACAGCAAUUAAACGCUGUGGCAUAUUGAAUAGAAACAGAAGAAAAACAAGUGAAGUGUGUUUUUAGUUCAUAAUUGAACAAUUAAAACAUUUUGCUGUGUUCUUAUUUCUGUCUUUAAUUAAAAGACAUUUUACAAUUCUGUACUUGAAAUUCAGUUGUAAUCGAUUAGUCAUGUGCGCACAAGAUAAAAAUAAAUAUCUGUCCGGUCUUCAGCACAGGUAAUUACUAAUAGCAUUAAUGAUGGUUCUGUCCUAUUCAAGUGCCCCAGCGAGCUAUGAUGUGCAUGCACAUUACCAGGACCCUGAAACUGAAGCAGCUAAAUGGAACUCAGCCAUCAUGAAUUUUAUUAUUUACACCCGUGCUUUUCCUGCUGUAACAUGUCAAAAUGUCAAAACAUAUCUUCUCAAAUAAAGGCAAGCAUGCCAUAAAAAAUCAUGGUA